AUGGCCGUGACCUUCGUUCUCUCGUUUCUUCUUCUGCUUCCUGUUACAACGUCGUUGCAAUUUCCGAUUGAAUACGAACGGGUGAAGAGCCGACCGCCCUCUAAUAGUUAUUGCAAGGCACUGUACCCUUUCUGUCCGACUGGGGACCCAAACGGAACGAUUCCUACAAUGCACGACGACGAUGUGAUUGACAUCUACUCUUUGCAAGCCCCGGUGUGGGAGUUUGUCACAGGAGACUUAAUGGCUCAUUUCAAUAUCUACCAUGAUGCUCUCGGUUUUCGAAGUAGAAAAACUGGUCUUAACUACACUUUGGAGUGGUACGAGCUGUUUGAACUGUUCAAUUGCACAUUCCCUCACAUUCUCGAAAAUGAUUCGUAUCCUCUCUGGUGCAAUCAAGGAGCGACGUGUUUGUACGAUGGAAUUGAUGAUGUUCACUGGACGGCAAACGGAACUCUCAUGUUGAUAGGAGAAAUGACCGGAGCUGUGUUCAACAAGUUUGCAAGCUACUUGAAAUGGGACAACGAGACGGCAAUCUACUAUAUCACAUUUCACGUGGCCAGUCAGCCUGACAAUGGAACACUGUACUGGGCAUCAUGGGACUGCACGACAUUUGUGAUCCACGCUAUCGAGGAGAUGGCCAAACUCGGUGCCGAAUUCAACCAUUCUCGAUCAGUCAAUUACACCAAGAUGACUCUGUACAGUGACACUCCGGUUUUACUCGGAAACGCGAGUGAAAUAUUCGGACCGAACGGAAAUGCCACUCUGGCUGCUGACAUGAUGAAGUUCUAUGCCGACUUCCAGACACACCAGUCGAUUAUUCAUUGGAUAGAACACAUCAUAGAUGCUGCCCUCCAGAUAUUUGUUGAAGAUAAGUUUUAUUUCUGGUACAACGAACAGUACUGGUUUCUUCCGAUGAAGGCACCUUACUUCAAACUCACAUUCAAUACCGUACCAUUUCCAUGAGUUUGAAAGCAUUGUUGCUGAUAGCUUUAUCUAUUUUUGUCGUUGUGCUGGCAAAAUUUUAUUGUGUAGUGUUCGUUGACAAUAGCACUUGUCUAGUGCCAUCAUGGCAUGUACACAUAAUAAUGAUAGAUUCUUUGUAC